AUGGAUAUCGUUCCAGAUGGAUCACUCAUUCAGAAAUUAUCUCCACCUGCUACCGUAGAUUUGCAGGGUGGAACUUUGCUGGAUGUAAAAGAGUUCGAUGAAGUUGACGAAACAGAUGGUUGUAAGGUACACGUCACCGAAUAUCACAUUCUCUCGGCAGAUGGUCAAGAAGAAAUGACAAAAACUUGUCGAAGAAAAUUAAAAAUUGAGUGCAAUCAAAGUACCAGGAAAACCGAAAUUGCUAAUGGUCGGAAAGCUUUGAUCGAAGAAAAAACAGAACGAUUGUUUGGUGAUAUCGAUGGUUUCCGGCAGCCAAUAGUCCUCGUUGAUAGAUCUAAGGCUCUUGUGGAUUUUUCUAAUCCUGAGGAUUCAACAAUUAGUGCGGUACUGCAAAAGACACAGGAAAAAUUUCUUAAUAUGUUAAAUGAACAAAAAGACCAGCUUAGAAAUAUGUUUCCUGAACUGUUUUCUGAAAUGAGAACAAGUUCAUCGCUUUCGGAUACACCACAAACUGAAGUUGAAACGAUUGUUAACCCGGACGGUAGUACAACAACACGAGUGCGCUCUUCCCGAGCCUACAGUACGCGUUUUUCAAAACAUGAAAUGUACAUAAAUGGUGUGAAACAGGAGUCGAAAAGUAAAUUCAGAGCUUUCAUGGAAUAUAAGGGUCCAGAUGGCGGUUUCAGAGUGAAACUACGUGAUACUUCUGGGGAUGAUGACCUAUCGGAAGAAGAAGCAGAUGAUGUUAACGAUGAUAUCAUCGCGGAUAUACAGUCUCAAAUCUCAGAAAUUCCAGACACACAGUCUGUAAUGAUCUCAGGAGGAAGCUUAAAUCGGAUACCAGCAAUGAAAGAAAAAAUUAUGAAACGUACCGAAAAAGCUUGGCUUGCUGCCAAAGAAUUAGUUGAUUCGGAACAGCGAUAUGUUGACAAACUUCGCCUACUUGAUGAAACAUUCCGGAAAAAAAUUGAUGAGGAGAAAAUUCUUGAAAGAGAUCGAAUAACACAAUUGUUUGCAAACAUAUCCAGUUUGCAUCAGUUUCACAACACUCACUUGUUGCCUGCAUUGAUGGAAAGUUCACGAGAUUGGCAUACCACACACAGAAUCAGUGAUGUUCUUCGCAAACGUGCUCCUUUCUUGAAGAUGUAUUCCGAAUACACAAACAAUUACAAACGAGCGACUAAAGUUUUCAACGAUUGUUUGCGUAAAAAGCGACGUUUUGCACAAAUUGUCCACGAAAUUGAGAUGAAACCAGAAUGCGAAAAUCUACCUCUGGUUUCACAUUUGAUAUGUCCAGUGCAACGUGUCAUGCGAUAUCAGCUGUUACUGCAGGAAACGACUAUAAGAAAAAUCAUUUACAAUGUUGCUUUUCUUUUCAAGGAAUACAAGAAGCAUCUGGAUCCUUCAGAUGCUGAUUACGAAGAUACAGUAGCUGCUCUGGAAUUGGUACUUGAUGCGGCAAGUCAUGCAAACGAGAUGAUGCGAAAAUUGGACCGUUACAAAAACGUGCUAGAAGUUCAAGAGCAGGUAGGUAGUACAAUAUCGUUGGUAUCGCCAGGCCGCGAAUUAAUCCGUAAAGGAAAAGUAAUGAAGAUAUUGUCAUCAUCGGAAAAGACUGAAGAACGGCAUUUGUUUCUUUUCAACGAUUUAUUACUUCUUGCUUCGGAAAGAACAUUGCCCGGUUUUGCCAAACUUAAGGUUCGAGCAAUAUUCGACGCGACAUUAGCACAGAUUUGUGAAGGAGAUAAUCUUGAACGAGAAAAUUCGUUCUAUGUGCGCGGUUCCGACUCACCAGCUGGUCCAUCUCGCUGUGUAGAAUUAAUGACCGCAACUAGCGAGGAAAAAAGUGCAUGGAUAGAUGCGGUGUGGAAUGUUAUCAGUGAAAGUUUAUCGCGCAAGAAAUCCUUCAAUCCGCAGAUACCAUCUAUUACAUCACCGCGAUCUGAAAACCGCUGUUGUGCUAAAUGUGACGUCGAAUUCUCUUUCAUCUCCAGAGGUACUGCAUGUGCUCAUUGCGCGCAGCGAUUUUGCAAAAAGUGUUUUGGGAAGCUGCGCAACGAAGAUAAAACGAUGCGUAUCUGUGAAACUUGCCUGCGACAGCCCGAUUAUUCCCAACCAAAAGAAAAUGUUCUGAAAACACGAACAAAUCCGCUGUCGAUAGGAGCCAAAGAAGGCGAAAUACUCUAUGCCAGUUACGUCAAAUUCCGCGGUUCAUUGAACAAGCCGUUAAAGCGAUAUUUCGUUGUGCGUAAAGACUUCUGCUUGUAUUCCUAUGCUUCCGAUAAUGCAGAAAGUGCUCUUGCAAUGCUUCCGCUUCCUGGCUGUGAACUUACGAUGAACAGUGAACGACUCACAUUUACCAUAAAGCAUAUGCAACGACAGUAUAUGGUUUCUGUGGAGAGCGAAGAUGCUCAAAUAAAGUGGAUGGCUGUACUGGAUCUCGCUUCAAAUGCUGUACUCAGGGAGAAGAUAAACUCAUGA